AUGAAAAGUAAUGAAUUUACUGAAGAACUAUCUAAAGAAAAUAUUGAACUUAUUAAUCUUCUUUAUGAGAAAUUAUUUGAAGAAAAUACAGUGCAUCAAAAAUUAAUUAAUGAAAUAGAAACUUAUAUUAAUGCUGUUGAUGAAUCUCUUUUAACUAAAGAUAUUUUUUCUGAAUUUGAAAUAGUAAAUAAUGAAAUUGAAAAUAAUUCAUUACCAGAUUCUAAAAAAGAAAAGCAAAAAUUAUCUUUACCUCCUGUUACUUCUAAAGAAGUAUUAAAUGUAUUGAAAGUUUUAAUCAGAUAUGAAGAACAAAUAUCUGAUAAUGAUGAUUAUAAUAAAAUUUUAUCUAAUGAUUUAUCUAAAAGAUU